AAAAGAUAUUGUCAAUAAAAAGCGCUAAUUUAAGAUUUUAAGCUUAUUUACCAAUUAAUAAAUCAAUUAAUGCCAUAUUUUAUUUUAAUAAUAAUUUAUGUAAUGCUCUAAGUUUAUAUUUCUCAGUCAUGGAAGAAGAGAAACUUAUAAGAAAGAAGAAAAAGGCAUUAAAUGGUAGCAAUAGACGUGCUUUAGCUGAAGCUUACAAUGAUUUAGCAACUUAUUAUUACAAACAAACUCGCUAUAGUGACGCAUUAGAAGAGUAUAAAAAUGAGGCUGCUGUUUGUAAAGAUCUCGGGCUUCGUAUGGAGUGGGGCACUUGUAAUAGGAUGAUAGGAGAGAUGUACAUGCUUAUGGCAGAGUUUGAUAAGGCACUUAAGUAUGAAGAACGUCAUUUAGCUGUUGCAAAAGAAUUAAACAAUUUAGUGGAAGAGCAAAGAGCAAUGGCUACGCUUGGAAGGAUAUAUUUGUUGCGCGGACAGAGCUCUGCUGAAGAUGGGGAAGCAAAACAAUCAUUAACGGCAGCAGAGAAAGCAUUCAUGAAGAGCUUAGUGCUCUGUGAGAAGUUGAAUGGCAAAAUAAACAAAACAGAAUUAAUGGAUAUGAGAGCCCGUCUGCUCCUUAACAUUGGAGUAGUACAAGAGCACCUAGGACAUUUAGACAAGGCAAUCGACUGCAUACAUAAAGCUAUAACAAUUUGUUCAAAUCAGGAUCUUUAUGAAGUUCUUCACAACUGUUACACCACAGAAGCUUUAUUGCAUAGUAAUAAAAAAAAAGAUUAUGCCAAAGCCUUGAGUUGUUUGAAUAAAGCUUUGGAAGUUGCCAGUAGACUUGAAGAUAAGGUCAUAAAAUCAUGUGAAACUUUAUCCACUAAGGGUGAUAUAUUGUGUAAGAUGUCGGAUUACCAAAGUGCAAAGCAAGUUCUCCUCAAAGCCUGGAAAUUAAAAACUCCUGAUGAAGAAGAGAGAGAAAACAUUGAGUCUAAUCUUAAAGUUGUCGCUGCCAUAUGUUACACAGAAGACUUACUCAUAUCCACGGAUCCAUCAGACCAUAAAACAUUUAAGAUGCUCUAUGAGAAACUAGGAGAUGGUGCUUGUCAUUUGAGAAACUAUGCUGGAGCUGUUGAGUUCUAUUUGAAGAUGUUAGAUCAUGCUGAAAUGGCCGGGGACUGUGGGAAGACAUUGAUUCCUAUUUACGUCAGUUUGUAUCAAACAUAUAAAGACAUGGGAUACUACAAUGACGCGUUACAAUAUUACUACAAGGAGUAUGAACUCAUAAAAGAUGUUGCAAAGGAAGCGUACACAACAUUAUACAAUAUCGCCGAAGUGUCGUUCCUUGCUAAGAGACCUUAUGAUCAGAUCGAGAAAGCUUGCUAUGAUGCUAGAAAUGCUGCAAGAGAUUGGAAUAAGAAGAAAUAUGAAAUCAGAAUCUUAAAGAAUCUUUUAAAAUAUCAAGAUGAAUACAACGAGAUUGACAAGAUGGAGUUAACGAAAACUGAGUUAAGGUCUUUAGGAUAUGACGAUUUCGAUAACCUGGACCAAUCGGAAGAUGAACAGAGUUCCGUUGGCGGAGGGGACGAAGAUACACACAUCGGAGAUGAUAUAUGCCUUGAAGAUUUGACAGAUCUGUCUGACACUAAUGAGGAGGAUUUGAAGGAAACUAAACACGAAACUCGAAGAAGAGGCAAAGGAUUCGCCAUCAAGAAGAAUAUGAAAGGGGAGACACAGUUGCAUGUUGCCUGCAUAUCCGGCAACAAGCUGCUAGUGGAGCGCCUGCUGGGCAAGGGCCACCCGGUGAACGUGCGAGACAACGCGGGCUGGCUGCCGCUGCACGAGGCCUGCAUACACGGCCGCCUGGAGGUGGGCCGCCUGCUCAUACGGCACGGGGCCAGCGUCAACGACAGGGGCGGGGUCAACUGUGACGGUAUAACACCGCUUUACGAUGCUGCUAGUAACGGACAUUUAGAAGUGGUACAGCUAUUGCUAGACAACGGAGCCAUACCGACUCUUAAAACAGACUUUGGUGAAACUCCACUUCAAGUACUACAAAAAUGGCGAGCAGGCACGAUCCUAACGAAGGAUGAAGAAAUCUUGUACAAUAAUAUAUUCAAUAAAAUCAAUAAUCUUAGUGACAAGACAAAUCCUUCAGAGGCAAUACUGAAUAGAUCGAAAUCUAAAACCCCCGUUAAGCCUAUUCAAGAUAAGUCUCCCCCAAGUACGUCUAAAAUGACAAGCAGAAUAAAGGAACUGUAUUCGCCAGCGUUUAAAAGACGUAAUAUUAUUGACGACGACAGCGAUGAUGAAAUAAACAUGUCACAAAAUGUGAGAAAUCAAACGGCGUUUCCAUCAGACUCUAACUCCUCCGAUGAAGAAGAAAAUACAAAGAAAGGAAACAGCAAAACAUCAGGAGUCAAAGAAUACAGAAGUGCUAUAUCCGCUCUAAGAAAUAGAAACUCAGAUUUGCCUGAAGUUGAUGUUAAGAAGUCAAAAAUGAAACCAGCUUUAUUAAACCCCGAUGAAGUCGACGACGAUUGGUUGGAUGAUGAUGUCGGUAUCAUGAACAAGACGAAGAAGCGAAAACUUAGCGAUCCGUUAACUAUAGUAGCAAAAAAAACUUCAAUAGACAGCUUGAAAGAUAGCAUAGACAAUAUUAACAAAAUCAGUCCUUUAACAGAUAACAAUUUUCAUUCAACGAGGAAAUCACGCAUAAGUGAAAUCAUAGAUCACAGUGAAAACAGCUCAGACUCCGAUCAAUUUCAAAUAAACGAAAAUGUUUGUCCGAUGAAGUCGAUCGAAUCUAUGAGAAAUAUAACGAGGGAAUUUGAUAAUUCAAAGUUACAAGAUACGAGAGGCAACAUGAGACGUCGAUGGAAAAGACAAAGUACAUUAUUGAAAGCAGGUUUUCAAAGAAAGAAGUCUGAUAUGGACCAAUCAAGUAACAGCGGCAGUGAUACAGAAUUUUCAACUAAAAAAACAAAGCAACGAAUACAAACUGGAACGUUUUCUAGACAUCCGUCGAAUGAGAACUUUAAUUACACGAAUUCUAACGAUGGUUUCAGUAUCAUGCAAAAUAUCAAUCCCAAUAUUGUGCAGCCAAUGAACGUGAUACAGCCGAUAAGUAUAAUGCAGUCUAAAAACGGUAGAGCGAUGCAAACCCAAAUAUUGCCUCCAGCUGCCGUUAAAGUUAAAGUUGAGGACAAAGUUUUUCUUAUAUCUUUGAAGUUGGAUAUGAUAAACAAACUAACAAUCAGCUGGCUGGUUGAGGAAGUUAAAUCAAGAUAUUAUAAAAUAACAGGGGUCCGUCCGGUAUUUAGUUUGAUGACGUCUGAUGGAGCGAUUCUGUCAGAAGAAGAUCCACUAAGCCUAGUUCUCGCAUCUCCUGAAUUGAAUACUUGUAUCACGACUUUUAAAGCCUCACCCGCUGAAGAGAGGUACCUUGAGUGUUGUGACGCUCUGGAUAUACCCCCAUCCGAAGAAAUUCAACAAGCUGUCGGAAGAAGUCAUACCACCCGAAGACUUGCAUUAGGCUCAGACACACUCUCCCCCUUACAGAUACGUCCCUUAUUCAGAGCACUUACACACCAAACUCACAUCACAGCCAUUAUGUUACCUAACAACAACAUAGGAGAUGAAGGCAUGAAAUAUCUAACAGAAAGUAUGUGUACAAUGAAACAUUUGACAAUAUUAGACAUUAGCAGAAAUAACAUAAGCGGCGAUGGCAUAAAAAUAUUACUCAACGCAUACGAAAAAGCAACCAGACCUGUUUGUCAAACAUUAGAAGACAUAGAUUUGAGCGGGAACUCUAUAAGCGAUGAUGGAUUCAAAUCAAUAUUGAAAUUGAGCCAACAUUUAAAAAUUAAAGUUUUGAAGUUGAAUAGUUGUAAUAUAACUCAUAAUGCCCUGCCUGAAACGAAUAAGUUGCAGGGAAACUUUGAUUACUUGGAGGUUUUAGACAUAAGUAAUAAUCCAGUGAGACAAGCUAUGAUUAAUUGUUUGGUACCAGUGUUAAAUUCUAAUGUAUUGACGGAUCUGGAGUUGGAUAAUGUGGGAGUUGAAGGUAACGUGGCUGGGUGUAUAGCUAGCUUCAUGGACACUGCUAAGGAUUUGAAAAUAAGAAGAUUCAGCCUUUCGAAUUGUAAAUUAGUAGAUGGACAGUUUAUGCGAAUAUUCAGAUGUCUCGGCCGGGCCAAGAAUUUACAAUCAAUAACAUUGAAAGACAAUAAUUUAACAUUUAUCGCAUUGAAAAAAUUACUUCAACGACAGCCACCAGUUCCAGUAAUAAAUCUCGAGGGCUGCCAUGACAUAUUCAAAUAUUCCCCGGAUUCGGAUUUUAAAGUUUGGCUUCCGGCGAUCGACUUCGGAAGAUGUGUUCCAGAAAUAAAUGUCACUCCAAUAUCUAAAACUGACGAAGAGAGGGAGAGCUUUAAAUUGUUUUCUAAAACUUGGUUAAAUUGUUUUAAAGGUAGAGGUAUGAUUGAACAUGGUGAUGGAGGUGUUACGAAAUUUACAGCAAGAUAGUUUUAAAAGCAAGGUUGAUUGAUUAACAUCAAUCUGUUAAAUCGUAAUAUUGACUGUGCGGAGUUCGCACGCAUUUUGCUUAUAAAUACAAUAGAAAAUAUGUACCUUAAAAUCUAACAGACCGUUGAUAUGAUAGAGUAAAAUUAUUUUGCAAAGACUUCUGUGUCAAUAAGACAAUGAAAUUAAAACAGUUUAAUAAUAAUUUUAUAAACUUACACGAUAGAAAAAUUGCUAAGGAGUAAAAUUACUUUUUUUAUUCAAUACUCAUAUUGUUGCGGUCAAUUUCGUUUUACGUAUACAUCUAUACACAGUUUUUAAUUGGUGACGAGAAGUAAUUGUCUUUUUUCCUAUUUAACUGGGUCAAAUAUAUGAAAUUCAAGCCUGAUUCAUCAAUUCAUUAGUUAUGUGGGAUGGGAAUUUGUAAAAAUCAAUAGCUCUAUUCAUUGGCUCAGUUAGAGUAACUAUAAAAUAAUGUAUUCGUAAUAAUUUAAAUUUUUGUUAUAGUGCCUUUUAUUAUUAA